AUGGAUGAGAGUAUCAACCAAGAACUACCUAGGAAUAAUAAUGCUGAAAAUAAUUCUGCUUCGAAUGAACCUUCUCUUCCUCCCGGAUCUAACGAAAGUCAAUCACAAACUUCUAAUGUUCGGGGAAAAACUGAUCCUGCUUGGAGAUAUGUUGCUUUACAAAAUAUAAAUAGAAAAUUGCAUUACCAAUGCUUAUUUUGUGUGAGUACUUUUGGGAGUGGGGAAAUUAAUAGAAUGAAAAAGCAUUUGGCGAAGAUAGGUGGAGACAUUAAGAAGUGUUCUAAGGUCCCGUAUGAUGUAAAAAAACAAAUGGAAGGUUUAUUGAAAGAAAUUCAGAAAAGUAAAACUAGUAAAAGGAAAGUAAGUUUCAAUGAAGAGGGUACUGAUGAGAUUGAGGAUGCAAUUGACGAAGCAAUAGCGCAAGAAGAACAACAAACUCCGAGUCAGUUAUCAACUAAGGAGGUGAUUGGAGGCGAUCCAAAAAAGAAAUCAAAAACCAUUAUUCCUCCUAUGUUUUCUCCAAGAACAACUCUGGGAACUCAACCAAGUCUGAAAAGUGUGUUUCAAAACAAAGAGGCGCUUCAUGAAGUUGAUAAGCGAGUGGCUAGAUGGCUUUUGGAUUGUAGGAUUCCUUUCAAUGCGAUUAUGUCACCCUUUUUUCAAUAUAUGUUGGAUGGUGUUGCUGGCAUUGGGCCUGGUUAUAAGGGUCCUUCUUAUGAUAAGCUGAGGGUUAACUUAUUAGCCGAUCUCAAAAGGGAGUGUCAAAUAGUUGUUGAUAGCUAUAGGUCUGCUUGGAAAAAAACUGGAUGUACCCUCAUGGCUGAUGGUUGGACAGAUCAAAGGCAAAGAAUGUUGAUUAAUUUUUUGGUUUAUUGUUCGAAAGGGUUGUGCUUUGUGAAAUCUGUAGAUGCUUCAAAUGUGGUAAAAAAAUACUUCAAGCUUUUGUGA